GGAGCGCGGGGCAGCGCCCGGGGGCGGCGGCGGCAUCACCAUGGGCCGGCCGGGCAGGGUGCUGCGGCUGCUGGCGCUGCUGGAGCUGCCCUGCUGCCUGCUGGAGCUGCUGCUCGGGGAGGCGGCCCGCGGGCAGGAGAUGUACGCGCCCCACUCCAUCCGCCUGGAGGGGGACAUCACCCUGGGCGGCCUCUUCCCCGUGCACGCCAAGGGCUCCCCCUGCGGGGACAUCAAGAAGGAGAACGGCAUCCACAGGCUGGAGGCGAUGCUCUACGCCCUGGACCAGAUCAACAGCGACCCGGACCUGCUGCCCAACGUGACGCUGGGCGCCCGCAUCCUGGACACCUGCUCCCGGGACACCUACGCGCUGGAGCAGUCGCUCACCUUCGUCCAGGCGCUCAUCCAGAAGGACACCUCCGACGUGAGGUGCACCAACGGCGAGCCGCCCGUCUUCGUCAAGCCGGAGAAAGUAGUUGGAGUGAUCGGGGCAUCGGGGAGUUCCGUGUCCAUUAUGGUGGCCAACAUCCUCCGGCUGUUCCAGUUUUUCUAUCUGACAGCAGCACAGAAAAUCUCUGAGUAACUGGAUGAUCCUCAAGGUCCCCCCCAUCCCAAGCCCUUCCACGGAUGAUGAUGCAAAGGAAGUGAGCUUUUGGAGAUGUGCCUGCUGCGGCUGCAGUGGAGGAUUUGCAAAGGAGGAGAAGAUGGUUUGAUUCCCAGCACACCUUGGACAACUGGAACAGACAACUGGAGGGGGCUGCCCAGGG